AUGGUUACGUGGGUGGAGGAGAGCUACACCAAUUUCGAGAAGGGCAUCAACUGGCGCUCGCACGUGGUGUGCGACGUGGCCAAGCAGGACGUCAACAACUGGCUGUGGACGCCGUUCAUCGAGCGCGGCGAGGCCGAGCGCAUCUACAUCGAGCUCAAGUUCUCGAUGCGCGACUGCUCGCUGUUCCCGGGCACGGCGCUCAGCUGCAAGGAGACGUUCAGUCUGCUCUACUACGAGUUCGACGCGGCGACGCGCGAGCCGCCGCCCUGGGAGCCGGAGAGCUACCGGCUCAUCGACCGCAUCGCCGCCGACCAGGGCCGCUCCAGCUCCAGCCAGGAGCGCGUCAUCAACGUCGAGACGCGCUCCAUCCCCGUCACCAAGAAGGGCGUCUACUUCGCCGUGCGCGACCAGGGCGCGUGCAUCGCGCUGCUGGCCGUGCGCGUCUACUACCAGACGUGCGCGCAGGUGACGGCCGGCUUCGCGCAGUUCCCCGCCACCCCCACGGGCCGCGAGGAGACGACCAUCAAGACGGCGCGCGGCACGUGCGUGGCGAACGCGGCGCCCGGCGGCCACGACGGCCGCCCGCCCCAGUACAUCUGCAAGGGCAACGGCGAGUGGGAGCUGCUGGACGGACACUGCAGCUGCCGCGCCGGCUACGAGCCGCGGCCCGCCAACCAGUCCUGCCAAGUGUGCCCGUCCUCGACGUUCAAGCCGGAGCAGGGGAACGGCUCGUGCGGGGCGUGUCCGGACCACAGCAGCGCGCCGCACGCCGGCUCGGCCGUCUGCCCGUGCGACGCCGGCUUCUACCGGGCGCCGACGGACCCGGCCGGCCGCGCCUGCACUCAGCCGCCGUCGCCGCCGCGGCGUCUGCGGGCCGAGGUCGUGGACCAGAGCACGGCCGUACUGACGUGGGGCGCUCCGCUGCGGGACGGCGGCCGGGCCGACACCACCUACUCGGUCGUCUGCGAGCGGUGCGGCGCCGGCGUCACCUUCAGCCCCGCUCAGACGGGCCUGAACGGCACGCGCGUGACCGUGUCGGGCCUGAGUCCGGUCACAUCGUACCAGUUCCGGGUGCACAGCCGGAACGGCGUCUCGCCCGUGGCGGCCGGCGAAGACGGACACGUGGCCGUGGGCCUCACCACCCAGGCGUCAGUGCCGUUCAUGGUGUCGGAGGUGCGGGUGGCCCUGGUCCGACCUUCGGAGGCGGUGCUCAGCUGGCUGCCCCCAGCGGACUCCCGGGAGCAGGUGCUCAAGUAUGAGGCGCGCUACUUCGCCAAGGACGAGCGUGCCAACACGACCAGCCUGUUCGCGGACGCGCCCAGCGUGAGGGUGACCGGCCUGCGCCAGCACACCGAGUACGGCUUCCAGGUGCGCGCCCAGACCGAGCGUGGCUGGGGCGAGUUCAGCCGCACCACCUACACCACCACCGGGCACGGCCAGGUGGACUCAGCGUACGUGGGAGACGGCUCCGGCCCCAACGUGGACGUGAUCGCGGGCGUCUCGGUGGCCGUCGGCGUCCUGCUGGCCGUCGUCAUCGUCGUGGCCUUCCUGCUCGUCAGGAGUCGGAACAUGGAAGACUCCAGUAAGAAGCGUCCGAACGACCGCGACGGACUGAACUUCCAGAACAAUGUCGCGUUCAAUAUUGGAGGAGCCACCCCACUACAGACGCCAUCCACCGCACUGACGUCGCCGGCGUUCAGUCCGGUGACCCACCAGCGCACCUACAUCGACCCGCACACGUACGAGGACCCGAACCAGGCGAUCCGCGAGUUCGCGCGCGAGAUCGACGCCUCGCACAUCAUCAUCGAGGCCGUGAUCGGCGGCGGCGAGUUCGGCGACGUGUGCCGCGGCAAGCUGCGCGUGACAGCCGGCCAAGAGCGCACGGUGGCUAUCAAGACCCUGAAGCCCGGCUCGACGGACAAGGCCCGGGUGGACUUCCUCACCGAGGCGUCCAUCAUGGGCCAGUUCCAGCACCCCAACGUUGUCUUCCUGCAGGGCGUCGUCACCAAGAGCAACCCGGUGAUGAUCAUCACCGAGUUCAUGGAGAACGGAAGCCUGGACACGUUCCUCAAGGCGAACGACGGCAAGUUCCAGGUGCUGCAGUUGGUGGCCAUGCUGCGCUGCGUGUCGGCCGGCAUGCAGUACCUCUCCCAGAUGAACUACGUGCACCGCGACCUGGCCGCACGAAAUGUGCUGGUCAACUCGCAGCUGGUCUGCAAGAUCGCCGACUUCGGGCUCAGUCGGGAGAUUGAGGCCACGAGGGAAGGAGCUUAUACCACACGGGGCGGCAAAAUCCCUGUCCGCUGGACGGCGCCGGAGGCCAUAGCGUUCCGCAAGUUCACGUCCUCCUCGGACGUCUGGAGUUUCGGCAUCGUCGCCUGGGAGGUCAUGUCGUACGGCGAGCGGCCCUACUGGAGCUGGAGCAACCAGGAGGUCAUCAAGAGCAUAGAGAAGGACUACAGGCUGCCGGCGCCGAUGGACUGUCCGGAGGCGCUGCACCAGCUGAUGCUGGACUGCUGGCAGCGCGAGCGCGCCCACCGACCGCCGUUCGUCAGCAUAGUGCACACGCUGGACGGCCUCAUCAGCUGUCCGGAGACGCUCCGCAAGGUGGCGCCCAGCAGGAGCACGAACCCGCUGUCGCCGGAGGCGGCUGAGCUGGCGUACGUCAGCACAGUGGAGGCGUGGCUGGCCUCGCUCAAGAUGAGCCGCUACGUGGAGAGCCUGCGGGCGGGCGGCAUCACCUCGCUGGAGGCGGCGGCGCGGCUCAGCCAGCCGGAGCUGGCCGCGCUCGGCGUCACGCUGGUCGGCCACCAGCGCAAGAUCAUGAACAGCGUGAUGGCGCUGCGCGUCCAGGCGCGCGUCAACCGGCCCGAGGCCUGCUUCGUGUAGCGGCCGCGUGCGGCGCUAG